AUGCAGGUUGCGGAAAUACUAUCCGAUCUCACCUCGCUCCGCGUCUGUGGACACAAUGAGGCCCUUGCACUUGUCAGUGCUCCACUAGCUUCCGCUAAAGACACGUCUGCUGAGAGUGAGCUGGUUGCCACCUCGGAUGGUCAAGCUAUCAAGCAAGAAGCCUUACAACGCGCCAAAGAGCUUGUCCAGUUACAUUAUGAAGUGAAGUCUCGGCAUGUCAAUGGUGAAGUGGAUGAUGAGUUGCGUCAAGCCAGGGAGGAUGUGUAUCGAGUUCUGAGAGAGUUGGCAUGA